GUUUAACCUAAAAAGACCGCAAUAUGUGUUUAUGGUCCUCGGAGUGCCCCUUCUAUUAAAUUAAACUUUAUAUAUUCAUGUUUGAAUCUACUCUUUGCAGCCACCGGCAAACUUGGACUAUUCACAUGAAAAGUAAUUGGAUAUUAAAUUUUAUGAACAUUUAAUGACAAGUACGGAAAUUCUUUAAACAAUAAGUAUGCUGGUAAAAGCCCGGUCAUGCUGGGGUUAAAUACUCACUGUAUUCAGCAUGUGUGCUUCUGUGGGAGGAGAUAAUGGGCCUUAAGCCUUGAACAAAACAUUAAAGUUGCUGGACUUGCUACCCCACACAUCCCCCUCUCAACCCUCCCUCAUUAUCUCCUGCCUGGCUCAGUGACUCUGUGUUACUUCACUCCAGUGCAGAGCAAAGUCCUUGUCCACAGAAUGGACAGUUCAACAGAAUGGCAACGCAAAGACUGGAUCCUGGUCCAUGGAGUCCCCAUGAUUGCUGCCUUCAGUAAGAACUGGGAGCGGAUCGAUGCAUUCCAGGCCAGGGACGAUGACAUCAUCAUAGCCACCUACCCCAAAUCAGGCACCACGUGGAUAAGUGAGAUUGUGGACGUUAUCCUGGCCGAUGGGGACACGGAAAAGUCUAAGAGAGAUGUCAUCUACAACAAAGUGCCAAUGCUGGAAUUCUGUGUGCCGGGAAUUGUACCCCCAGGAUCCCAGCAGUUGGAAUCCGUACCUUCCCCUCGAAUGAUCAAGACACAUCUCACCAUCUCCCUCCUUCCAAAAUCCUUUUGGGAAAAGAACUGUAAGAUUAUAUACAUGGCAAGAAAUCCAAAGGACGUGGCCGUGUCGUUUUAUCACUUUGACAAGAUGAACAAGUUGCACCCGGAUCCUGGACCCUGGGAGCAGUAUACAGAGAAGUUCCUGCAGGGGGCAGUGGGUUACGGACCGUGGGGGCCCCAUGUGAGAGAUUGGUGGAAUCUUAGAAAUGAGAGGAACCUUCUCUACCUUUUCUAUGAGGACAUCCUAGAGGACCCAAAGUGUGAGAUCCAGAAGGUGAUGAGGUUUCUGGGGAAGGACCUCUCUGAGGAAGUUCUGGAGAAGAUCGUUCAGCACACCUCAUUUCAGUCCAUGAAGCAGAACCCAAUGACUAAUUACACAAUGUUGCCUUCCUCAAUGAUGGAUCAUUCUGUAUCUCCUUUUAUGAGAAAAGGAAUCUGCGGUGACUGGAAAAACCAUUUCACCGAGGCCCAAAGCAGGAGAUUUGAUGAAUAUUACAAGAAGGAAGUAUCUGGCACGGAUUUAUCGUUCCGAUUCUAGGACUGAGCGGUUUCCGUAGUUACUGUCACUGGUCUUAACACAACCUAACACAAACACAAUCUGAGACACCAUGGACCAUCAUAACCAGCUCCUCCCAUGUGUGGAUCAUCACACCAUCACCUUGAAGAAAUGUUUAAUGUAUCAUACAUGACCAUCACAAGGGGGAAGUAUUUUUGUAGCACAUCAUUGACCAGCUGAAAAAUGCUUCCCUCACAGGCUAUAGACAUGUUCCCCGUCCCCAAUACAGAGCACACAGAGCACACAGAGCACAAUACUACGGAGUGAGUGUGACUUACAGAAGACUGUCAUUAAGGGAAGACACGUUGAAAUGUUUUACUAAAAUCCUACGUAUUGUUUAUUUAAUCCCUUCCAUGAUGGCUGCCUGGAUAAAGUCUCAACACCACCUAUAGACACCAUGGUCCUACAAAAUUACCAAAUAAACACGUGUUCCAAGAUUCCGAUCUGUAAGAAUUUUUACAGUUAUAUUUACAGGGUUAUUUACUAACGCGAGAAUUCACAGUGACUUUCAAACUCCAGUCUGAGGAGCCAAACUGGAAGCAUAGUUAACUUUU